GCCUCUCGAGGAGCUGUCAUUGCUAUUUAUUUCUCCUAUCAAUCGGCAUGUUAAAUUAUCAGAAAAAGGCAAUCAAAUUCGUUUUUAACCAUUGAGAAAACCCAGAAGGCAGACCACAAAUUUUUUAAAAAACCAAAAAACCCAAAAAUCCCCUCAAAUUCCCAUUCGAGUGAAGAAAGACCGAUUGCAAAAUUCAAGUUAGUUCCAGGACAUAAAAAGCGAAAUGGACAUGUCGAAAUUUUUUGGAGCAAUACGCCGGAAUCCGCCGGAUCGAGGAUCGAGGAUGGCUGGGCCACCGGGAGGAGCUCGCAACGAACCGGAACUGGCCUCAGGAUCGGCAGCGAGAAGGACUCGAAGGCCAUAUGGUGGUGGAGGUGGAGUAAGUGGAGCUACAGGAGGAACAGGAACAGGAGCAGGAGGAGGAGGAGGAGGAGGAUCAGGAGCAGGAACAGGAGCAGGUGGCGGUGGAGUUAAUGGUGCUCUGCCCAAGAGGACUAUACCGGGAAUGGCAACCCGGACGAGGGGCUUGCCGGUGGAGGAAGGCAUCCAAACUGGAGGAGGAGGCGGAGGAGGAGUGGGUGGAGCGGUAGGAGGAGGAACUAUCCCAUUAGGCGGGAUUAUUGAUGUGGGAAGAGUAGUCGGAACAGGAUGUCCGCUGGGAAGAAGGGUUUCCACCACCGGCGGGGGAGCCACUGCGAUGCAACAGAAUCCCAUAACAGGCGCCUUCCGGAGGCGACAGAUCACCCUGCCGGCGCCCCGGGUAGCCGCCCCCCGUCGCCCCAGCGAGGUCAAGUGGAUCAUGAUGCCGGUGCAGAACUUCAUCCAGUGCAGCGAGUCCUCCUCCGAGGACAACUCCGUCAACCAGGACACCUCCCAGGACGAAGGGGAUGGUGGCACAGCCCGGAGAAGCAAAGGUGGCCAGACGGAGAGCCGGAGCACCGGCAGCACCAGCAGCAGUAGUAGCUACGAGAGUCUGAACAACUAUCCGCACGUCCAGGAGAGCGGGCACUCCCAUGCUCGGCUCGGAAGGAUGCUCCUCGCCGAGGAGCUGCAGGAGGCCCAGUGGCGGCAGAUGAAUCACCGCCGGCCCAGGACCCAGUCGCCGCCGGAACACGACUUCGAGAACCGGUACGCCUCCGGGCUGCUGUCCUGCACUCCGAGUCCCGAGACCAAGUCGCAGGCCUCCCGGGAGAGCCUGAGCCCCCGACUGUGCCACGGCUAUCCCAGCGACAGUUCCAGCCCCGACGAGGCGAGCUCCAGCACCAAUUCCAGCAAGAUCAGCAGCCUGAGCACCAGCGGGAGCGAGUGCCAGACCGGCAGUGCCACCUCGGAGCGGGUGGCCCGGGCGGUGGAGCGGAUCAUGGGCGGCAAUGGUCCCAAGGCCAUCAAGCUGACCUCCACGGUGAUCAAGAUACUGCCGGAGAUGGGUGUCCGGAGACCGGAGCCAGCUCCCCACACCAUGGAGCCGCUGGACGAGGAUGCGAAUCCGCCGCCGCCACCUCUGCCGGAGAGCCGGCAGGUCCAAGCAGACCCGGAGAAGGGCCACCUGGACGAACGGGACAAGUUGCAGGCCAAGCUACACUCCGUGUUCCAGAGCCGUAGGGAAACGCCCGUCAAGACGGCCGCCGGGACACCAAAGCGCCCACCCAAACACCCAUCCCAGCCAGCCCAUUCCCAGGGCAGCAAGUCGUCCAACCAGGUGGUGACCAGCCACCUGACCAACCGGCUCAAGGAGGUUACCCAGUCGAGGAUCCGGGUGAAGAGCUCGCCCAAGGAGGCUCCGCCCACCCGCAAGACCUCCAUCUAUCUGCUGAUGAACCACAUGAAGAAUCCCCAGAUCACUAGGACGAACAUACACCCCAAGGACCCGGGGCCGAAGGACACCCGGAAGAAUCAAAUGAAAAUCCUGGCCAAGAACCACUCGCUCGUCAAUGUGCCGAAGAAUCCAGUCAAGAAGGCAAGGAAUCCACAAGGACAUCCGGGGAAUCUGGGAAACGAAAGGACACUAGUGAAGGGUCCUGCCCCUAAACCACCUGUGCCCGUGUCCCUCAACAGGAUCCAACGGCCCACCACAGCCCAGCAGCAACGUCUGCCCACCAGUGGAGCCACCCAGCCGCCUCCGCAGCGUCGUCCUCUGAACGAGAUCCUGGGAGCCGGCGGGAAGAUCGUCCAAAUGUCGCAGCACAAGGUGCCCAAGACGAUGGAGGACGGCGUGGACAUGAGCUAUCAGUACUUUGUCUCCAUACCCCUGAAGCGGGGCCGGAAGCCGCAGGUGGUGCGCUACCUCUACCGGCCCAUGGUGCGGAAUCUCAAUGGUCCUCCGGCGCCCACCAAGCGCUCCCUGCGACGGGCAAAGCGGAAAGCCGAAGCUGAGGCGGCGGCAGCAGCGGCGGAAGCGGCAGCAGCUGCUGCAGCGGAACAGGGUAGCCAGGAGGCGGGUGUGGAGAGCAUGGCAGCAGACCCGGAUCUGGUGGCUCUAGGCGGAGUGCCAGUGCUGCUCGAAGAACCCGCCAAGGAGCUGCCGAACGAGAAGCCGAGGCGCUGCCUCGAUCCGGAGGCGGUGCUGAACGCUCCGUACGAGGAACCGCCCCUGAAACUGGAGGCCAAGUAUAUGCCGAUGCUGGAGAAGCUGGCCCAGAUGCCCUAUCCCGAGGAGCGCCACGGGCGGCGCCGCAGGAGGCGCCGGGCCCGGGUGGCCGGCGGCUCGGAGCAAGUGGCUCAGCCCACGUCCCCGUUUGGCGACGGUGGUUAUCCGGAACAGUUGCCGGCUCAGUACCGCCACCUGGGCGGCAUCUGUCGGGCCUGUGACACGGCCAGGGGAGCGGGAGGAGUCAGGACAGCGGCCGGGAACUCGGUGUUCGAGGGUCGACGGGGCCUGAGCUCCCUGUGGCCCCGCGCCCAGAUCCGGCCGGAGAUGCGCUCCUCGCUGAUCAACUACCGGCCGCACCCGACGCGCCUCAACACGGUCAUCGGGAUACCGAUCUCCUACCACACGCCCGUGUUCCUGGGCCAGGCCCGGGCGGACUGCGGCACCGGCUCGUCCACCGGCAGCUUCGUCCUGCCGGCAUGCGGCGAUGCGGUCGAGCCGGAGGAGCCCAUGAUCCGGGCCGUCACCUACGAGGAUGUCCAGCAGGAGGAGCUGGCCGAAUCCUCGGACCCCCACCGCCGGAGCGGCAGCAAUGUGAGGAAGUCGGUGAGCUUCCGGCCGGAACAUGAGCUCAGUGCCAGUCCCAGUGCCGGCUGUGCCGCGAGUGGAACGCCCAGCAGCGGCAGCGGGAGCAGCAGCGGCAGUGGCACCUCCAUCAGCAUCAGUUCCCUCUCCAGCGGCUUCCUGGCCGCCGGGGGUCAGGGCGGCCGGGGCAAGGUCAAGGGCAGGCGGGCCUCUCGCAAGUCCAAGGCCAAGGCCAAGGGAAAGAGCAAGCCGAGGGGCAAGAACCGGCGGUAGUGGAGCGCCCGGCGCCGUAGACCUCCAAGCCUGUGCCGGAUGAGACCCAGUGUCUGUGGACACCACCCCGAGAGAAGCCGAGAAGAGCGAAGCUAACCCACCGUCUGCAUCAUCCGUCCUGCCCCCUGGAUCCGUGGCAUUCCAAUCUGGUUACUUUUAAAAAUUCUAAAACGGAAAAAACACGAAAUUUCAAGUUUGUUUGGUUUGUAAACUAGCAAUAAAUUAACAAAAAAGUUCCUUUUUCAAAA